AGAACAAAACGUUCUGUCAAAAGCAAACAUCUCGAAUGCACACUAAAUGCGCUAAAAAAGAUUACUUUGUCCUUUAUUGCCUGAAAUUUGUACACAUGAAAUAGUGAACCUUAUUCUGUAUCAUCCGUGAACAACAUGUCCGAACGGCUAAAGAGCACACAGCAGGUAUCCAACGAGGAAGUUAUCGACGAUUUAACGAGAGAGCUUAAAUCGUCUUUAAGUACAGAAAACACUUCGGAGGAGUUCGUGAUCGACCCUGCGACCAGUGCUGAGGAGGUCCCGCCUCCCGCCGACGGCCCAGGGCAGGCUUCAGACCCCUUAAACUACGUACACAUUGAGAAAGACCCAGACCACAAGGAUGAACCAGAUAGUGACACCGACUCCUUAGACGAGGAGGCCCUGAAGGAUGCCGAGGUGGCCCUGACAGACGAUGAGAAGGCGGAACGUCAGCUCAUCGCCGAGGAGUUGAAGAGGGUUGGCAAUGAGGCCUUUAAGGACGGCCAGUUUGAGAGGUGCAUUGAGAAAUACACAGAAGGUUUAAAAAUCUGCCCACUGCAGUUUAGCCAACAGCGCUCGGUGCUGUAUUGCAACCGUAGCGCUGCCAAGAUGAAGCUCCUCAAAUAUGAGCGAGCGAUCAAGGACUGCAGCAAGGCCAUUGAGCUUGAUGAGAAGUAUCUGAAGGCUUAUAUCAGGCGCGCGCAAUCCUACGAAGCCACAGAAAAACUGGACGAGUGUCUCGCAGACUACAAAAAGAUAUUAGAACUCGACCCCUCACACACAGAGGCUCAAAAAGCUACCAUCCGGCUCCCGCCGCUCAUAGAAGAAAAAAACGAAAAACUUAAAGCGGAAAUGCUUGGCAAGCUGAAGGACUUGGGCAAUAUGAUAUUGAAACCGUUCGGACUUUCCACGGAUAACUUCAAAUUAGAACAAGACGGGGAAACAAAGGGAUAUAAGAUUAAUUUUAAACAAUAAAAUUUUAUAAAACUA